AUGGGCCUCCGAUUGUAUCAGCCGCCCGUCGCAUCUGACCUUCCGGCCAAAGCCACGGCUGAUAGGUCCGCGCGAUCGCGCUCGACCAUCCGUCGGGGCAUCGAGCGCAACGAAGAACGAGUUCGCGAGCGUCGCCGUCGCGUGCUUGCAGCUGCGGCUGCAUACAACAAUAGCGCCCGCCGGCCAACACGACCGCCGCCCAGCGUGCCCUCGGUCCUCCAUAGGACGACCGACCCCGACGACGCCUGGAUAGAAUCAGGGAGAGAGCGCGUGAUCGUCCCGGUGCAGGGCCCAGAUGGCAGCGUAGAGUUUCUCGAGGAUCGUGUCGCCACCAUGUUUGGUGAGCGAUGGGCGCGUUUGGAACUGGGCGGGAACUCGCUGCGCGAUGAUGGCAACGGCAAUCCCUCGCCUGCACUAAACAUGGCUGUCGAACCCGAGUUCUUUUCUCAUCGCAGCCAGCUUCGUCGCGAGCCGACGUAUACCCUGUCUAACUUGAGAUCCACACAAGCCCCCAACCAACUGUCUCGGAGUCGAACACAAUCCCAAUCUUCCGGUUGGCCCCAUGCACGCCGGCACCGAAGCGCUUUCCGAGAGGACCUUCUUCCGUCACCGGGCGGCUGGACACCGGCACACUCGACUCCCUGGGCACUUGACGCGGACGGCUUGGGUGACCGUAAUAGGAGCCUCAGCCCGGAGGGUGACCACGUAUGGGACACGCUGCUGAGCACGCUAACCCCAGACCCGCAGCCACCCAGCGUCGGAUCGUCAUUCGCAUCUGCAUCCGCAUCUGCCUCGGCCGCGGCCAGCCAGAGCCAGAGCCAGAGCCAGCGCAACCCAGCGGCUUCAUCCCGCACAUCAUUCACCACACCGGACACGGCCGACGAAACCUUGACGCCCUUUGAGUUCCCGUGCGAGUCGGGGUGUGACAACUCCGACACCGAAGGCGACGAGGACGACGAAAUGGACCAGAUGGCCAUGAUCCCGGGCCUGACCUCGUCCCGGAGGCCGUCCGCCCCCCGUAGGACUGGCGAUGACCCGGUCGAGCUUCUGGGCGGGAUUGGUGGGAUGCAGAGAAUAGUCCGCAACCUGGCGCGCCGCGAGGAUAUCCCCGAUGAGUGGUGGGCCGACGCUGGUCUGAGCCGGACAUUGUCGCGCGAGUCGUCUGGGAACUAA